CCCAAGUGUGGCACUCUCGCGUCUCGAGAAACGUAGAGUCUGUCAGGUUAGGACUCGUAUUCAGUCUACUUUCUUCAGAAUUCCAAAGGGUCUGGUUCAUCCGCAUCCUGUUCCCGCCUGCAUUUCAUUCUUGAGCACCGAACUGCCAUGGGCAGUGCACACUGUAUGCUCAAGAUGGUCGUCCUUCAGUCCAUAUUACUGCUAGCAGCGGCAGCUGGGGUCCAAGGUGCUUCCGACGACAUGGGUCCUGCCGCGAUUAUGUGGCCGCCCGAUCGCGCCUGGUCCGCACAGGUAGACAAUACCGCCCCCUGUGGCUCUGUCGCGAGCGUCACAAACAGGACCGGGUUUCCGCUGACCGGCGGCAAACUAGCUUUCGUCGCUCAGGAUGAUUCCUACAACACGGAGAUCAGCAUCUCAUUUAACAACGACCCAAAAUCCCAAUCCGACUUCACGACGCUCCGAACCUCGGCCAUCCCCGAGCUCGACCCAGGCCACACCUGCAUCUCCAUCCCCAACCCGCCCGCCACCAUCGGCGCCGGCGCAAAUGCCACCAUCCAGAUCAAAUACACGGCCGACUUCGACCGCCCGGAGAACCAGACCUUCUACGCCUGCGCCGACAUCACCUAUGUCGCCGCCGCCUCCUUCAACCAGGCCGAUGUCCCCUGCUUCAACGCGACCGAGGACGUGGACGUGCCCGCCCCGACAACAACGGGAACACCUACCAACCUGCCUGGGCACGGGGACGAGGGCCCGCCGUUGGUAGAGCCGGGAAGUGAGGCGACGGCGACGGCGACGGUGAUUGCGGAUGCUGGUCCCAAGGGACUUUCCAAGGGCGGUAUUGCCGGCGCCGUGGUUGGGAGCGUGGUGGGCGUUGCGCUAAUUGUGGGUCUGGGGUUGUUGUUUUAUCGGGAGAGGGAGAGAAAGAAGAGAUUGGUUCGGCAGAGGGAUUCUGCUAUUAGGGUUGGCAAGACGGUUGACGGAGCGUCUACGAGGACCGGGAAUGAUUCGGUGUCUGGGGAGAGCAUUCGGAUGGGGAAUCUCUCUCGGCAGUAGGAAGGGUGACGGAUUGGCUUGCGAGGGGCGUGGUCAUCUGGUUGGGGAUUGACGAAAUGACCACUUUGGAAAAGGCCGAUGCUUUAUGCUUAGGUACCUUGGUUGAUAAGGUAUUAUGUUUGAGGUAGCUUCCUGCUCGAAUUUCAAUGCC